AUGUCUGCUAUUCAGUGGGAUACUUGGAACGAUGAGAUCACUCAACUCUACGUCACUGAAGACAGAUCUGCGGAGGAAACAAUCAACACUCUGAAUCAAAGACACAAACUAAAGAUAACUAUAAAGCAGUUCAAGAAGCGCUAUUCAGGCCUCAAGAAGGUGCGCGCCAACGAAUGGAGAGCCAUUAAACGAGAGAUGCAAAAGCAAAAGGCCGCAGGCAAAGAAUGUCUGAUCUUCCUCAACGGGCGCCAGCUUGACCCUGAGCGGGUUGCUAGAGAACUGCGUCGAUAUAGCGGCAUUCGCGGUCGAGAUGUGGAGGAUGGCGGUGUCCCAAUUGACAUUGGCAUCGAUACCUCAGGCCUGCACCGGCUAGAAUUGCGCACAAAGAUCCUCCCCAGGAGCGAUACUCUGUCAGAUACCCGGUCGAGCAUUGUACGGCUUCCCUCCAGAGCGGAUGUCACUCAUGUCGCAGACCCUUGUGGCCCAAAUUUAAUGAACUUCAACCCUUCCUCUGCAGAUGUGUACUCCUUUGAUUUCGAUUGCAGUAACAUCAGCAUGAACACUCCUUGCUUCACUGAGCUUCUGGUCCAGAAAGGUCCCCAGGACAUGCUACACGUGCAAAGCAUCCCUCGUCCACGAAGUGGUCGAGAAAGUCCUGACGGGACUAGCGAGGGUACGACAUCAGCGAUGUCCCAGCGACGGUGUCCAACACCAGAUUAUGUUAUUCCUGACUUCUGUUUUUCUGAAUCAAGCAUGGUAUUGAAAACUCGUCCCAAAAUACCAGCUCGCUUCUUGGGGAUGCUAAAUGGAAUUGCAUUAAAUGUCUCUCAAGUCAAUCACUUCAUGAAAGCCCUUGAAAGGGAUAUCAGUACUUUUGCCUCCAAGGUGGACCAAGUCCGGUGGCCAUGUUGGUGGCAGGAACCAUAUUCCAGUUCGGGUUCCGGCUGGAUAACCCUGGCAAGCGGCGAUCCUUCUCUACUUUCAUUGAAGCCGAUCUACUUCAUUGCCGAGAACGUUCUUCGGCGAGACAACGAUAGCCUGGAAGAUCACAAUAACGCGGAUGCAAAGGAUUGCCAAAUUUCUCUGUGCCAGAAUGAGCGAUUGCUGAAACUAUUUUUCUCCAUUGUUCUGCAUCUCAUCUGCAACAACAUCACAGGAAUCCAUGCAAUUCCCUCGUUCCUCCAAUGGGUGAAUGAAAUGGAUGUACUGGAUCAACUUGCGGUGUAUUUGAAGAUGAGUCCCAGAGAUGCUGGAGCCCUUUUGGAAGCAGCUGUGCGUCGGCUCAGACUAGGUCUAUAUGAAGACAGUCACCCUACCGCUUCUCGUUCCACCAAAUACCCGUGGGGGGAGCAGUUAGUCGACUUCUUCGACAAACAAGGGCUGGCAAUUCCCCCCGAACUGUCUUCACUUCUUCUUCACGCCAUGGCAAGAAAUUCGGCCGCAUCAGCUGCAAGGACAUUGCUUUCUCAUGGAGCCGAUAUCAACUUCACCGCAACCAUCGGAUAUGAACGUGGCACUAGACCCUUUCGACGCCCCGUUCCCCCAAUCGGGCCCCCGCUAUUUCAAGCCAUAUGUUUCGAGAACCCUGACAUGGCGGAGUUUCUCAUCGAGGAAGGAGCUGAAAUCAAUGACUGUUACCAGGCGGAUUCUCCCAAGUUGUCCUGCAACGCUCUUAGUAUCUGCAUCUCCGAACUUGAACCAUAUGUUGCAGAUCUUCUCGUUAGGAAGGGAGCUCAGAUACCUCCGUCGAUCAAAGUCGAUUUGCGGCCCCUCCAAGACAAGUUGAGGAGCGUAUUCAAUGAUGGAAAGUAUCCGCUUCUUCGGCAAUGGAUCCGUCAUCACCUGCCACUCGUUGAUCUGAUCGUUCAAGCUGCGAGCGUCGGUAACAGCGAGCUCUCCAAAGUCCUUCUACAACACAACAUACUUCAGGAGAUGGCUUUGGAAUGCGCCUUGCGUCGAGCCAUCAAAGUGCGAGACACUCUCGCUGUGCAAACGCUACUUCAACGUGGCGUGAAUCCAAAUCCGCCGCCAUGUCAGAUUGAAUGCUCAAAGUUUCUAGGUAUUGACGAGGAAUUAGUGGAAGAGGCACCAAUUUUUUUGGCUCACAAUGCUAAUAUCGAAGGGAGAGGAAUCACGCAUUUACUAUUGCUUGCUGGUUCCCAUGUGCCCGAUUACGUUCUUGUCGACAUUUUCCGACGGAGCAUGGAUGACCAAGGCAUGGUAUCGGGUUACAGUGAUAUGCUACCAUUAUACUCCCUUUUGGUAUCGAGAGUAUCGGCGAUGCCAGUUAUUGGAGCUUCCGCCUUGGUAAGCGCAGUCAAAAAAAGGAGCUUGAUCUUAUGCAGCUGUCUCCUUGAUCUCAAGGCUCCCCUUAACUAUUAUGGAGUCCAAAGAAUGAGCUGCUUACAACAAGCGGCACGUCAAGGAGACUUGCUUCUGACGCGUUUUCUCCUCGAAAGUGGCGCGGAUGUUAACUUUGCUGCUCAUGAGGAUGGAGGACGUACGGCACUGCAGAGUGCUGUCGAAUGUGGUGCAACAUCAGUUGCAGAUUGUCUGCUCAGUGUCGGAGCAGACAUAAAGGCCGCUCCGGCGAAGAGGAAUGGAGUCACCGUGCUGGAAGCUUUCGCAAAGUCUAACGAGGAUGGCUACUACCCGAGAUUAGCAUCCAGAGCUUCGUACAUCCCCCCGGAGUACCAAAGAAAUCAAGUUUCAAAACUAGGAGGUUUUCGAAAUUGGGUGGCCAUGGGCGCGCCCAUCAAUCGCCUAAACGGCGAUGACAGUAGCUUACUGCACCACUUGGUAUACAAUUUCCAUUACGAAUGCCUGCAGUCAGCAUUGGAACUAGGCGCACGAACAGAAGCCAGGUGGCACGUGGAUAGGAACACUGGUGUUUUUCAGGAUGAGCUUGAGCAUGAAACUCCAAAGAGCGUGAAGACUCCGCUUCAACUUGCUGCAUACUUGGACGAAGUUGAAGCUGCUCGCUUGCUACUCGAGUAUGGAGCCGAUAUCAAUGCCCACCCGAGCGACGAUUACGGCAGAACUGCGUUACAGGCAGCGACGUGUAACUUCAGAGAACAGUGUGGACAUGAAAUGCUGGAGCUUCUGCUUUCCUUCAACCAGGACAUCAACGCACCACCAGCAAAUCAAGGAGGCCUCACAGCCCUACAGGGGGCAGCAAUAAGCGGCGAUUUAGGUGUUGCCAAGAUGCUGCUCGAACGCGGAGCAGAUAUCAACGCCCCUGCCGCAGCCGUGAACGGCAGGACGGCGAUCGAAGGAGCUGCUGAACACGGCCGCCUAGACAUGGUUCAACUUCUGCUUGAAAAUGGCGCCAAAGGGGAUCCGGAGACUGGCUUCUCCAGGGCAAUUGAGCUCGCAAAGGCAGAGGCUCAUUUGGGGGUCGCAAAGGUUCUUCAGGAGCACGACGAGAUCUCGGCGCUACUUGAUAUGGGGCUGGCGUAUGGAGCGAGUACUGACCUGGCCGCUACUCUGCCGUCUCCGGGAAUGAUAUUCGACAUUUGA